UCGCAAGUGGAGAACGCUGGUGCUGCCAUUGUUGUACAGUGAGGUCCAUGUCUAUGCUGGAAAGCAGUCGUCCGGUGGCAAGACGCUGCGGAAAUCUUGCCACAUGGCCGACCCGCUGAACCAUCUCUGCCACUACUACUACACCAGCAAUCUUGAUAUCAUUCCGCAUUAUGCAUAUCCGCACACAGUGGUCAUCUACUACGAGGAUGACGGCGGCUUCGUGUUUCGUGGGUUUGGAGAGCGAAACUGGGAUUCAGUAACUAGCUUGGAAAUUCUGUCCAACAGAGCCCUGAGCGCACGGCCAUAUACCAGUGGUCUUGGACCGGCCAUCUCUUAUGUUCUGACACAUGCACCAAACAUCCACAUGCUUUCGGUGGAUAUAGAACAUGUUAAUCUGCCUGGCAUGGUAAUACUGAAUCGGAUUCUUGGUAUCCGUGCUGAGAUGUUUACUGUUCUUGACCUCGGUACCGCGCCGAUGUGCGAUGUCUCGAACCUUGUACUCCCUUCAUUGAAAACCUUAGCUGUUGACUGUUCCCGCCGCGUUGGUGUUCACUGGCUGCCUACAUUCGAUGCUAAAAGGCUAGUUUCCCUGGAGCUUAACAACACCUCGCAUGAUGUUUUCUUGCAUGUCCUGCAGCGCGCCGCUGGUGAUGGUGUGGUCGUAUUUUCGCAGCUGGAUGCGCUAGUGGUCGGCUUUGGCGAGCAUUCUAACGGCACAAUCCUGCCAGAUUACAAGACGGCGGGACUGCAGUGCAGCUUUCCUAGACUAACAAACCUCACUAUAAGAACACUCUGCAGCUACCAUCCUGACCUGCACUGGAUGUUCAGGGAUGCGCCGCUGGAGACGCUACAUCUCGUGGGGGAUACAAAGUUCAUAAACAAGCUUGACGUGAGCUGCUACCCUAAUUUAUACUCGGUGACUGCAGAGUGGGACCAGAGAGGAAUGCUGCCCAGUAGGGUGGCUGUGGAGUCCAGGCUACUUGCCCCGGUGUCUAGUAUACAAAAACUCCAUGUUGCGCUUCCCUCACUUCAGACCCUGAGGUCCCUCCAGUUUGGCUGCAGAGACAUCCGUUCGCUUGUACUGAGCUUUACAAUUCCGAACGAAAAUCUCCAGGCACUGCUGCACCAGCUACCAUAUCUCGUGUCCUUAAACAUGAGGUACACACUCACUGCAAAGGCGCACGAAGACAGCCAGGGCUACAACCAGGUGAAUCUGCGGUCUAUAUGGCACCAUGUCCGCUGCCAGUGGCCAGCCCCAAUCAGCACAUCUUUGCAGACGCUUGUUAUUGACGACGACAAGCGGCCGCCGCACACGGACGAGUACAGCCCGGCCUUCAUUCCAUUGAUUGGUACCAUUGCCCGAGUGCCCUCUCUGCUCAAGCUCAUUCUUCCCAACUGUCCUCUGCACGAUGAUGGCAUUCUGAUUCCAAAGACGUUAAACGAUACCAGAAUCGGCUCCUUGGCAACGCACUUUGCCAAUGUAGAAGUAGUGUUUGCUGAAUUCUACAACUCCUGAGCUGCGACGUGCUACCUCAGCUCGAGGGAUAUGGGCAUGCAAUGUGUUUAUUUCGCAGUUUGACUGAUAUACGUUAUCAC